GGCGAUUGGAACUGUUUUGGGUGAGGCAUCCAGUUCCACGUCAACAGGUUUUGCAACCAACACGUCACACGAGUUUCACCAGACUUAAGUUCAUUCAUCCUGUCUUCUGAAAAUGGAUUGUGUGAAACAUACAGGCGGCUGCCACUGUGGGGCUGUUAGAUUUGAAGUCUUGAGUUCCCCAGACCUCCAUGUUUUCCAAUGCAACUGUAGCAUUUGCACAAAGAAACAAAACCAUCAUUUCAUUGUUCCAAAAAGUCACUUCACGCUCUUACAGGGGUCAGAUAAUCUGACCACAUACACGUUUAACACUCAUGUUGCUAAACAUACCUUCUGUAAAACCUGUGGAGUUCAAAGUUUCUACACUCCACGCUCCAACCCUGAUGGAUAUGGUGUUGCUCCACACUGUCUGGAUGCAGGUACUGUCCGCAGUGUGACAGUGGAGAAUUUUUGUGGGGACAAGUGGGAAGAAAGCAUGCAAGCUCACCCAAGCAUCAGAGACAUGUCUAAACCUGCAGCAGAAACACAGCUGAGAGAAACAAAAUAACAGUGAUACAAUAAUCAAACUCUUUUUUUUUAAUCAGCAGUAUACCAGAAAUACUGUAUUUUCAACAAUCUUUGAAAUUAUACAAUGAAAGAAAGAAGAUCCUCAACUGAUUCAACUCGUUUUCAUACAGUGUACUGAUUCAAAACAAAAACUUGUGCAGCAAAAAGCCAUAAGACGUUUCUGUUAGUGUUAUUUCAAAAUUAGGGUCAGCUUUAUUUAUGGAAAGUGCUUACAAAAAUGAUGCAGGCUACUUUAGCCAACAAAGUGUUGAAGAAAUCUUUAUUCACUGUGAGCGAAACAGCAUAUCACAUUUGUAAACAGCCUCUAAAUUCACUCCCACCACAGUAUUCGAGUAGUUACGCAGUGGGACAGAGUAACAAUCAGUGCAUCUGGAUCUGAAUGAGAUAAACCUAAUAGAUCUUCAGGUUCUUUGGUCCUUGUGGGAUCAUUUGGAAUGUGUUCACGAACAUGUACCGAGAGAAGGCGAUGUAGAGGUAACGAAACCAAAGGAGCUGAGUGCGAUGACAAAACAUGGCCUCCUGAAAGAAAAGAGGUUUGUUUGAGAGGUUAAAUAACCCAUAACCUUCUUAUAUACAGUCUAUGCCCAUAACAUAAUAUUGUGAGUUCUCAAUUUAUUAACAGCCAAUAUUGGUAAAAAUCUGCUGCUGAGUACACAUUUACUUCUUUAUUUCUUUAUAUCAUACUAGCACGAUGAGACAUUUCAAUCCUCACAUUCUUCUUAUUACAAACCUUAUCUUCACUAUUGCUUCUUCAGCCCAUGUACUCUAUAUAGACUUGUUACAAUGUGCUAAAAACACCUGUGCCCUGUAAUAGUAGGAAGUGACACGUUGUGCCAACAAUCCGGCUAUUCUGAAGCUUACUUUGGCUUGACCGUAGCCCUGUGAGCCUAUAAUACAGCGGAGACAUGAGGGCAGCAGCCAGCUGAGGGGAAGGUCCAGGAAGGAGAGGUAUUUCCUGAAGAGGCCGACAGUCACAAGGGAGAGCAAACAGCAGUCUGGGAGAACAGACAGAGACAGAGUUAGCUGUUUAUAUGUUAAACACUCGCUACAGCAGCAGGCAGUAAGUUAGGCCAUUCUCUCUGUUUUCUUUACUGUGGGGCAACCUCAUGUCAGUAACAUUUAACACUGGGAUACAAUGCUCCUUUUUAACACUUCGCCUGUUCCUCCUGUGCAGGAUAUGUGUAGGUUUUGUGAAUUAAGAAUAUGAGUAUGACUGGCACUACUGCAUGGGCGUUGAAGUGCUUAUGUGACAUAUUAGUAUUGUCAAGAAAUCAUAGAAAAAUUUAACAACAAGAAUUUCACAUCAUGUUAGAAAGCUGUAACCCGUGACAUGCAGCAGGGCUUUGUGGGGCACGAGAGGGUUAAAGCAGCUGGUAGUCUCACUGUACAGCCAAGUGAAGAGGCUUAUUACAAUCAAGUUGGGCCACAUUCUCCCCCGCCUCCCCCAAAAGCCACUCACUAAGACCAGUCAAGCGGGUGAGUUGUACAUUACUGGUAAUAAAUUGCCGUAAGGCAUGAUUAAUGACACACAUGCUGUUUUUAAGAUUGUGCGCAUAAAGUAUAUGUUUCCUGAUUCUCAGGGCUGAGAUGAUAGUGUCUUUCUGCCAUUUACCAGCAAAGUGCGACACGGAGAUAUCAUGGGCCUGCUAUGCUUGUUUCUUAUCAUUCUGCCUACUCAAUCAUUAAUGUGGGUGUGCUCUGUGGGCCUUAGUGUUUACCAAACUAGAAAGGUGUUUAGCUCUAAGCCUGUUGUAACAUGUCGCCCCAUCUCUGUCCUACUUUUGCUUUCACAUUCUGUUAAAGAAAUGAGUAUCAUCAUAAGACCUUUCAGAAGCGACCCACAGUAGAAUUGUUGUCUGUCUGGGUUGAAAAUAAAAGACAAAUUGGCAUUA